AUGGCUACACUCACCAACAAUUUACUAUUCAAAUCCCCCGUCUCUCUUUUCCCACACCCAAAGCUUCUUCCUCUUCUUUCUCAUGCCUCUACUCUACCUUUUCUACCUAAAAUUUCCUCCUCACGGAUAUCAUCCACCCCCAACUAUAAUCGGACACCGUUAAUCCCCAGAGCCACGGCGGCUCCAGGCGCCAAGAAAGCAGAAAAGAAAGAGAGAGUUCAGCGGGUCCACAGCAUCCAGGAGUUUGAUUCGGCGCUCGAGUCCGCCAAAGAGAGGCUGGUGGUGGUGGAGUACGCGGCCAGCGACAGCGAGGAGAGCAGCCAGAUAUACCCUUUCAUGGUGGAGCUGAGCCGCAGCUGCAGCGACGUGGAGUUUAUCCUGGUAAUGGGGGACGAGUCGGCUCAAACAAAGGAGCUCUUGAAGAGAGAGAAGGUGGAGAAUGUGCCUCACUUCAGCUUCUACAAGAGCAGGGAGAAGAUCCACGAAGAGGAAGGCAUCGGUCCAGACAUGCUGGUGGGUGAUGUGCUGUACUACGGGGACAGCCACUCGGCGGUGGAGCAGCUGCACAGCGUGGAGGACGUUCAGAAGCUUAUAGAGGAUCACAAGGUGGACCACAAGCUCAUCGUGCUGGAUGUGGGACUAAAGCAUUGUGGACCCUGCGUGAAGGUUUAUCCCACGGUGGUUAAGCUGUCCAGGCAAAUGGACUCGGUGGUGUUCGCGCGGAUGAACGGCGACGAGAACGAAAGUUGCAUGCAGUUCUUGAGGGACAUGGAAGUAGUACAGGUCCCCACUUUUCUCUUCAUCAGAGACGGCAACAUCGAGGGCAGAUACGUCGGUUCCGGCAAAGGGGAGCUAAUCGGCGAAAUUCUCAGGUACCAGGGUGUACGUGUCACUUAUUAA